GUGAAGGGAAGCCCUACUUGGGUCUUACCGGAUCUUUGCUAAAGGAGUACGCUGUAGAAGCGGCGAAGAAGGAGAACCUGCUUCGCAAGAGCCUCCAAGACGGCAGCGCUGCGCCCGUUGCGCCGGCGCCCGGAACGGCUCCGGCCGUGGCGCCGCGCGGGCGCACGACCUCCCUGGACUCGACCGGUGGAUCGCUGCAGCGGACGAACUCGGCCACGCAGACGGUGGAGUGGAAAGAUCAAUUGCCUCCUCUGCCAAGAAGACCUUCGAAGACAGCUGUUCCGGUGUCGGCCGCAGGAGUUGUCAACGAUAUUGACAGUUUGGCUAUGGUCCUGGAACUGAUGCAGUCCAAAGUCAACGAUGAGCGUCUACAACGUGCCUGUUUGAUGGCCAUCACACGACUUUCCAAGGAUGUGGUGUCCUUGAGACCUCUCUGUUUGGGCGUCAUUUCGGCCAUUGCUCAAUCCGCGGCGCGGGGGCGUCAGGAUUUGACCUUGCAGAGGAUGGCGGUCUCCGCGUUAUCCAGCGUGGCUUAUGCGCACGACGUGGCUGCCCUGGUGGCGCCUCUGGCCCUACCUGUGGUGAUCGAGGCGGCUUUGGCGUUCCCGGAAGAUGGCAAGUUGCAAAGCAACGCCUGCGAGGCCUUUGCGCGCUUGGCGCAGGGCGGGAGCAACCGCGUGGUCUAUACCAUGGUGAAGUAUUUGUCCGUGUCCGGAGUCGUCUUCCAAGUUCUUUGUGAUGCCUUGCAAAGGCUCUGCGAGAACCAUAUUUGUCAAGGACAUCAUGUCUUGGACGAGUUGAUUAAGCUGAGUGAUGGCGAUCCCAGUAACCUGGAGCUGCAACGACGUGUGGCUCUGUCUUUAAACAGGUUGUCCUCCAGCGUCAUCAGUCCUGCCGCUGUGCGGCAGCGGACAUCCCUGACGGCUCAGUGGGCACAUUUGUUGGAACGCUUCCUUCGCGCGGAGGAAGAUGAGGCGAAACUGGACGGCGAUUUCCAUCACAAGGUGCAAGAGCUCUUCCACGAGGAGGUCGCAUUGCAUUUUGAGCUGGAGGCAGCAGAGCGCUGUCUUCACUAUCUGCGGAGUGGCAGGCCGGCGCAGAAGAUCUUCAGCGAGGUGAUCCGCGCCUUGGCCGAGAACUUGGAGGACUAUCGCUCGCGGUCAGAGGCACGUGAACUCGCCUGGGACGUGGAACGUCAGUGCUUGGCGCCGCUGGAGCCCAUGCUGCGGCUGCGGCUACACAACGAGGUCCUGACCCAGAUAGAGCGUCGCCUGCCGAGUGCCUUGUGCACUGCGGCCAAGGCAUGUUCGGCAUGGCCCUGUGAGGAGCAACUCUCGACUCGGACGGAAAGUUUGAUGAAGGACUGCGGCCGCCUUUUGGAGACCAAAACAGAAGUGACCCAGGUUCAUUUCGAGAAAGCAGCUGAGCUCCGUCGUGAAGUGAUGCUGUUUGAGGCUGUGGAAUAUUUGGAACUGCAUUCUGCCGAAGCCUCCGCAACGCAAGUUCUUUCUGCCCUGCAAAUGUUGAAGGCGUCUCGUCGUGCAGCCGCGUCCUGUUGCCCGGUGAUCGCCAGCUCCAUUGCCGGCAAAGCCCUCGGCUGCCGAGUUCAUCCACUCGUUCUAGCGGUGAACAGUAAAGCGUCCACCGUGUUCUGA